AUGCUCUGCAACGACGUUUCUCCUGUCCACCCUCCCCUCGGGACUAUCAUUGACGAAGACUCUCUGGAACUUGUUGAAGUCCUUGGAGUAGGCGGGUACGGUGUGGUAUACCGAGCCGAAGAGACUUGUUGUUCUUCACCCAAGUCUUACGCCGUCAAAUGUCUCCUCCAUCGCUCUGCUGCGCAAUCCGCUCGUCAACGACAAAUACACAUACGAGAGAUCGCCCUUCAUCAGCUUGCGAGCGCACACCCGAACGUUGUGACUCUACACCGGGUCAUUGAGGACUACAAUUGUACAUAUAUCAUCAUGGAUUACGCUCCAGAUCACGACUUGUUUCACCAGAUCCUGCAUAAUUGCCGUUAUCUCGGAAAUGACUAUCUUGUCAAGCAUGUCUUUCUGCAGCUCCUCGAUGCUGUCGAAUACUGUCACUCACUCGGCAUUUAUCAUCGCGAUUUGAAGCCCGAAAACGUCCUCUGUUAUGACGAUGGCUUGCGAGUCGCUAUCACCGACUUUGGCUUAGCCACUACCGAUAAGGUCAGCGAAGAGUUUCGUACAGGCAGCGUAUACCAUAUGAGCCCAGAAUGCCAAGGCGGGGAAUUCGCUCCGACUGGGAGUUAUUCACCUAUGUUCAACGAUAUUUGGUCGUUGGGUAUCAUUCUACUGAAUCUAGCGACAGGACGAAACCCCUGGAAGUCAGCGUCGGUAUCAGAUCCCACCUUCCAGGCAUAUCUUCGUGACCCUCAAAACUUCCUUCCCACUGUUUUGCCCAUCUCCCCAGAAGUCAAUGCCAUUCUCGCGCGCAUGCUCGAGGUCGACUGGAGAGACCGCAUGACAAUCCCCGAGUUGCGUGUAGCGUUGGAGGAUGUGAGCACUUUC